AUGAGCCUUCAGCUGCAGACUGCACAGAAGACCAAGUCUUGGAUCUGGUGUAGUUUGAGCCAAGAAACCAAACCCAGCCCAGCCCAGCCCAGCCCAGCCCAGCCCAUCUGUACCCCUCUGUCAACAGAGCAGUUAGAUCAUGGAUUUUUAAAAUUUUUGCGGGAAGGAGGUCGGAGAAGAGAGGCUUUGAGCUCAGGCAUGAGAGCCAUCCUCCACAACUCUGCCCAGGCCAGCAAUGCCUCCUGUCCAGGGCUGGUGGUGUUCCAGGCACCUUGCACGAUGAAAAAGUGUGAGGACCCUGAGCUGCCCAAGGGCCUGAAGAAAGUAUUGCUCUGUGAAAUAACGGCCCCACGAGAGGGAUCCUUGCUGUUGACCCGCUCUGCAGCCUCCACAGCAGACCACAUGAACUGGGUGUGGGGCCUACUGCUCCCCGUCCUCCUGGCAGAACUGUGGCUGGUGCCCGGUGCCACCCCACUCCCCGGGCCAGUGCAGGUGACCACGGAGGAGGUAGAGGUGGGCGGGGAGGGGGAGGAGGAGGAGGAGCAGGAGGCCUGGCUAAGGGCCAGCAGGCAGCAGCUUUCUGAGGAAACUUCAAACUUCAGCCUGCUGCGAAAGAUCCCCAUGAGGCACGACGGCAACGUGGUCUUCUCCCUGGGCCUGUCCUUAGCCAUGGCAGGCUUGAUGCUGGGGGCCAAAGGGCAGACCAAAGCCCAGAUAGAGAGAGGUCUCCGCCUGCAGGCCCUGAUCCACACCAGGCCCAUGCUCCUGCCCACCCUCCUCAAGAGACUCCAGGAGGCCCUCUCUGGGAACCGGGAGCUGAGCCUCGCCCAGGGGAGCUUUGCCUUCAUCUGCAAGGAUUUCGAUGUCAAAGAGGCCUUCCUCUAUUUAUCCAAGAGGUAUUUCGAUACAGAGUGUGUGCCUAUGAAUAGUCACAGUGCCUCACAGGCCAAGGGGCUCCUGAAUAGUUACAUUAACAAAGAGACUCAGGAGAAAAUCCCCAAAUUCUUCGAGGAGAUUAAUCCUGAAACCAAAUUCAUCCUUGUGGAUUACAUCUUGCUCAAAGGAACUUUGAUUAUGGAAAUAGCUGGCCCCAUUUGACCCGUCUUCACUGAAGUGGACACUUUCCACCCGGACAAGUACAGGGCGGUCCAGGUGCCCAUGAUGUUCAGGGCAAGCAAGUUUGUCUCCACCUUCUAUGAGAACUUUCACUGCUACGUGCUCAAACUGCCCUACUGAGGAAACGGCAGCAUGCCGGGGAUCCUCACAUAGAAAAAGAACGAUCCCCUCGCCCCGGAAGACUACCUGACCACCGACCUGGUGGACACGUGGCUCGGAAGCAUGCAAACCAGAGAAAUGGAAGUUUUCUUUCCAAAGUUCAAGCUUGAUCAGAAGUACAAGGUGCAUGAGCUACUUAAGCAAAUGGGAGUCAGAACAAUCUUCUCACCCUGGGCUGACCUUAGUGAACUCUCAGACACUGCCAGAAAGCUUCACGUGUCCCAGGUUUUACAGAGGCCAGGGAUUGAGGGCGAUAGAAAAGGAACUGGGGCAGUUGCUUAUUCCAUGCCACCCGUUAAAGUGGGGCAGCCAUUUCAUUUCGUGAUUUAUGAAGAAACCUCUAGAAUGCUUGUGUUUCUGGGCAGGGUGGUGAGCCCGACUCACCUAGGAUUCACACCCUGGAUAAGGACUUGGUGCUAUGGCAGAUACUGA